AGGGGGAGGGAGGGAGAGAGAGAUAGACAGGGAGAGAAAUGGCGCCUCGAUGCUGCGCUCACUGAGGCAGUGUUUGGAGCUGGCUAGGGAGAUUCAGUAAGGGCAGACAAAAGGAAAAAACAUGGUGAACACAAGGAAAAGCUCACGGUCGGGGAGCGGUCCCUUCAUCUCCUCGAGGACUAGAUCGUCGUCGAGAAACGAGCGAAACUCUGAUGAACAUAAAGAGCCCAGUAGUGAUGUGAGCAGUCCAAGCAGUCCGCGGCUGGCUCCCCCUUCCAAGCGCAUGCGGCGCCAGACUGCCUCCGAGCCCAGCUCCAGUGAUACCUCCCCAUCCCCUCAGACCAAGGGCCAGAGGGUCAGCUGGGAAAUUCCCACCUACCACACCAGGUUGUCCUCUCGCAUAAUGCAAAAUGGACACGCCCAUAUGAGUCACCGGAACGAAGAGAGUGGAGGGGGAGAUCACUCUCGCAUGAAUGGCCAUGUGGAGCUGAAGAGGAGCUGCCGGGUGAAGAAGAGCCAAUUUGAACACCUCAAUCAGAGCCUGCUGUUUGACCAGCUGGUCAACAGCACUGCUGAGGCGGUCCUUCAGGAGAUGGACAACAUCAGCAGCAUCAGGCAGAACCGUGAGGUGGAGCGACUUCGCAUGUGGACUAGAGACACUGAGGAGGAAAACAUGGACAUGUAUUCUCGGGUGAAGCGCAGAAAAUCCAUGCGCAGGGGCACUUUCAGCAUGCCCACACACCACAAAGUCAUGAGCAAGACGGAGCAGGAGGAUGAAGAGGAGGAAGGGACGGAAGAUUCUCACGGUGAGGAAGAGGAGGAUGCAGAGGAUGAAGACGACGAAGGGGAUGAAGCAGAAGAGGCGGGAGAGGAAAAUGACAGGCCGUACAAUCUGAGGCAGCGGAAGACGGUGCAGAGAUAUGAGGCACCACCUAUUGAGCCUGUGAAUAGAAAACAGAGCAACCCCUCACUUUUUGACACGCACAGAUCCCCAGCAAGAAGAAGCCAUAUAAGAGUGAAGAAACAUGCCAUUCACAGCAGUGACACCACCUCGUCUUCUGAUGAAGAGCGUUUUGAGCGGAGGAAAAGCAAAAGCAUGACCCGGGCCAGGAACAGAUGUUUGCCCAUGAACCUGGCGUCAGAAGACCUGGCUAGUGGGGUGCUGCGUGAUCGGGUGAAAGUGGGUGCCAGCUUGGCUGAUGUGGAUCCCAUGAACCUUGAUAGCUCAGUGAAAUUUGACAAUGUGGGUGGCCUCAGUAAUCACAUUCAGUCACUAAAGGAGAUGGUCGUGUUCCCACUGCUUUAUCCUGAGAUCUUUGAGAAGUUUAAGAUUCAGCCUCCCAGAGGGUGUUUGUUCUACGGCCCCCCGGGGACAGGAAAGACCCUGGUAGCACGGGCGCUUGCCAACGAGUGUAGCCAGGGAGACAGAAAAGUUUCCUUCUUCAUGAGGAAAGGAGCCGACUGCCUCAGCAAGUGGGUCGGCGAAUCAGAACGCCAGCUACGCCUGCUCUUUGACCAGGCUUACCUGAUGAGGCCAUCCAUCAUUUUCUUUGAUGAGAUUGAUGGUUUGGCUCCUGUUCGCUCCAGCAGGCAAGACCAGAUACACAGUUCUAUUGUGUCCACUCUGCUGGCCUUGAUGGACGGCUUGGACAGUCGUGGGGAGAUAGUGGUCAUUGGUGCUACAAACAGACUUGACUCUAUCGACCCAGCACUCAGGAGGCCUGGACGCUUUGACCGGGAGUUUCUGUUCAACCUGCCCGACAAGAAGGCCAGAAAGCACAUCUUGGAGAUUCACACACGGGACUGGAAUCCCAAAUUGGCUGAGCCAUUUGUAGAUGAACUUGCAGAAAAAUGUGUCGGCUACUGCGGUGCUGACAUCAAAGCACUUUGCACAGAGACAGCCUUGGCGGCGUUGCGCCGCCGCUACCCCCAGAUCUAUGGCAGCAGCGUCAAACUGAAGCUGGAUGUCGGCUCCAUCGUCCUGGGGCCCGGCGACUUCAGCAAGGCCAUGAGGACAAUCGUCCCUGCUUCCCAGAGGGCCCUGGCUCCCCCUGGCCGUGCCCUGUCCCCCACCCUCAGGCCCCUGCUGGCCAGCUCUUUCUCCUUGUUGCUGAAAGCUCUGCUCCGAGUCUUCCCCCACGCUCAGUGUACUGACAGGGACAACACACGCGGCUCCGACAAUCAACCGCUUGAAGAGGACGUGUACAGUGAUGAUGACAAUGAAGAACGCUCUGCUUCCAUCUAUGAAGUCCAGCCUGCUGCAUGCCCAAAGAGUCAGCACCCCUCUUCUGCAACGCACAGACCCUUCCUCCAUUUCUCCUCCUCUGCCCUCCAACAGCCGACAGCCUACCGGCCUCGUCUGUUGCUGACCGGGCCCCCGGGCUCAGGACAGAGUUCCCACUUGGCCCCUGCCUUGCUGCACCACCUGGACAAGCUGCCAGUGCACCUCCUGGAUUUGCCCACUCUCUACUCCGUCAGCGCUAAGACGCCAGAGGAGUCCUGUGCUCAGGUUUUCCGCGAGGCCCGCCGGAGCGUGCCCAGUGUGGUGUUCAUGCCACAUAUCUCAGAGUGGUGGGAGAUAGUGAGUGACACUGUGAAGAGCACCUUCCUCACCCUGCUGCACGAUGUGCCCUCUUUCAGCCCUGUCCUUAUCCUCGCCACUGCUGAGACCCACUACUCCCAGCUGUCGGACGAGGUGAGAAGUAUUUUCCAGAGGACCUACGGGGAGGUAGUGACGCUGUGCCCUCCAGGAGCAGAGGACAGGAGGAGCUUCUUCGCCGACCUGCUGUUGGUCCAAGCGGCCAGGGCUCUGCCACGCUUCAGGAAUAAGGAAAGGCGUGAAGAGGUACUGCCGAUGGCCGAGGCUCCAGGCCCCCGAGUCCUGUCGGCAGAGGAACAGCGCCGCCUGGCUGAGCAGGAGGAGAACACACUACGAGAGCUCAGGCUCUUUCUCAGGGACGUGACCAAGCGCCUGGCCACUGACAAACGCUUCAACAUCUUCAGCAAGCCAGUUGACAUUGAGGAGGUGUCCGACUACCUGGAGGUUAUUCGGCAGCCUAUGGACCUGUCCACUGUCAUGACCAAGAUUGACACCCUCCAGUACCUGACAGUGAAGGACUUCCUCAUGGACAUCGAUCUCAUCUGCAGUAAUGCGUUAGAAUACAACCCUGACAAGGAUCCCGGAGACAAGGUGAUCAGGCACCGAGCAUGCAGUUUAAAGGACACAGCCCAUGCUAUAUUUGCUGCCGAGCUGGACCCCGAGUUCGACCGCAUGUGUGAAGAGAUCAAGGAGGCACGCAGGAAGAGGGACCCCCAGGCGCCAGCUCAGCUGACGGCGCUGAUGGGCGCCGUGGCAACCAGAAAGCACCACACCGCAGGAGAGGAGCAGGCCAGGAGCAGCACUCAGGGCGAGGCCACGGACAAACGGUGCACCACUAAUCACAUAAAGCGGAAGAUUCGCCGGCGACCAUCUUGGGGGCGGGGCAUCAUCCGUAAGAAGAAGGUCUACAGGAAGGAAAUGGAAGAAGAAGAGGAGGAGGAGGAGGAGGAGGGGGAGGAGGGGGAGGAGGAGGAGGGGGCGGAGGUGGAAGCUGCAGGGCCCAGUGACUCAUGUGUGACACAAGAUGAGGAAUCCUCAUCUUGUGACAUCAUGGGUCCCCAGCCCAAUGGCCACCACCCCCACGUCCCCUCCACAGAGGAGGAGAGCUCUAACGAGCCCCCUGUUGCAGCUCCAGCAGAACCUCCAGAUGCCAGUAAAGCCCAAGAAGAGCCAACACCUAAGGAGGAGGAGCCCACAGCCAAAGAGGCAGAGCCUGAGAACACAGAGAAAUACAAUGAGCUGUUUUGGCUUGAUGGCAGUACUCAGCCCAUGGCUGACGGGGAUGGCCAGGCCAGGCAGGCUGACUUCCAGCCUUUGAUUGAAAUGUCCGAGUCUUUAGAUGCUGAGGUCCAGCCUAAGCACACAGAGGGUCUCCUAGUAUCACAAGCGGACUGUGUGAAUGGAAAUGCGUCAAUGGACAGCCUGGACUCGCAGAGCCUCAAAAGCAGCAGUGAGGCUGAGAAAAGGACUCCCCAGAGCCCGGCUGAAGGCUCUAAUGAACCAGAACAGGAAGAGCACAAAGACAAAAAUGAGAGCAAUCCAACUCAGGAGCCCCCUCCCCAGGAUGGCAGGGCAACAACAGAACAUGUUGAGGAAGAUCAAGAUACAGAAGGAGGUUCCACAGCCAAGACAUGCAAGGUGAGCCUGUCAGAGCAGCUGAAGGGAUCUGCUGAAUGGACAGAGGAAGAGCCACAACCAGUCCCUCCCCAUCCUCCCUUAGUGGUUGACCACCAGCGACUUUCGGCUCUCCUGGAUAUGGUGGUGAAGAAGAGUGAGGGCUACAGUGUGGAGCAGCUGGAGAGACUGUACUCCCUCCUCAGCCAGUGUAUCUACCAGCACCGCAGAGAGUACGAAAAGACCCAGCUACUGGAGGAGAUGGAGGAGCGAAUCCAGCAUUUCGAUACAUUCCUGUGAGAAUACCUAAUCAGGUAGAUCCUGAACAGCCUGGGACCACAAAGACACACAAACUGAGUGAGAGAGAGAGAGAGAGCGAGAGAGAGGGAAGGAGCUUCUGAGUCCAGCCCUCACCACAAAAACACACACACACAAAAAAAAAAAUAUCCAGCCCCCUUUUCUUGCUGAGAAGGGGACACAACGAGGACGACGUUGAGGACAGAGACAUUCAAUGGUGCUAUCGUCUCAGGAACCUGGCCAGAUCCAGACCCAUUCUACACAACCAAACUCCUGGAGGUGUGUCAGUCACACACUUACGCGCGCGCGCGCGCACACACACACACACACACACACACACACACACACACACACACACACACACACACACACACACACACACACACACACACACACACACACACACACACACACUCUAACGGUGACGGGCAACCCUGGUGCUACUCGGGUGCUAUCCUAACUUUUAUCCACGCUGCUCUUGGGAUUAUUUCUUAACUUGGAUGACUAGCAAAAUCUAACAGAUCGGGUGAUGUCAUAUCGCAACCUGGCCGCUUCUCUCCGGAGCAGGCCGUGCAUACACGCACCUUGACUCUUGGUUAUGCAUGUAUUUCUACCAACCCACACCCAGAAAUAUACACAUACAUACAUACACACACACACACACACACACACACACCCCCAGAUUCUUACCAGCAAAAGUGUGAAUGCAGAGUGCCGCUAGGAGAUGAGGACAGAUGUUCUGAAUCACUGAACCACAUUGCUGAGCCCAUCUUUCCCUCACGUUCGUCAUAGGCCAGUUAUUACCGUGCUAUUAUGCGGCUCAUUUUAUCUGCCACUUUAGCUCCAUGCUUUUUAUUCAAUAUCUGAGCCACCGUCAAGGAUACUCACCCGGAACAAUGGUUUACAACAAAGUUUUUAGCGUGAACACAAACUCGAUGAGGUUAGCACAGCAGGACCAGAGCCCAUGAUGUCCUCUUCAUUACAGCAGUCACCGGGUGUGGAGAGCUGUUAGCCCCCCCCUCAGCGGUUGUGUCCGAGUUACUGGUGAACGAGCGGCGCAGCGCGUGACUGUAGGUCAGUUGUACAACCACUACGCUCACAGACCACCUCUGGCGUUCAGUCUUAGCAGAUUGUCACGUCCUAAAUCGUUUGUGGUAGCUAACCCCUCCCCUCCUCACUACAUUCACAGUCUGAAUGUUUUCCCUCCCCACUCAAGCUGUGCUCGCCAGUAGAUUUUUUUUUUUUUCUCCUAAAGACACCCCAGCGGAGGAACUGGAAGCAGUACAAAUUUGAAUGCGUGUAGAGUUUGCACUGCCUAGUGUGUGCCUUAUUUCAAACCUCAAAUGAAACGCUGAUAUAUAUAUUCAGCAGGAUUUUUUAUUUACUACUUGUGACAAUGAACAGGCUCCAAGUUGGGGUGGGCCCUAACCACUGAGGUCACGGUUACCUUAAAGCAAAAUAUAUAUACAGUAUAUAUAUAUAUAUGUGUAUAUAUAUAAAUUUAAUUUUAACCUUAGACAUACCUAGGUUAUCUCCAACCUGGGCCAAAAAAACUAAUUGACGAUAAAAGGUGUUCUAUACAGAUAAUACUUACCCUGUGUGGCUGUGUCAGUGUUGUGGCCAGAUGCAUCUCAAGCACUCGAAAUGUUUUGAUUUUUAAAUCUAUCCAUGCCCCGUUAAAACCCAGACCUGUUGGGGGAGGUCAGCCUCCACCUGAGCAGACAGCAGGUGUAUGAAGAGGUUGACGACACCAGCUUUUCUUCACUUUUCCCAUAUAUGCAAAACCAGAACAUUAUCAUGCGAGUCAAACGAUUUACCAUGCCAAGUGUUAUCCCACUCCCUAAUAAAAAGGUGCUGACAUGACGGUGCCCGUUCACAGGAAUUCUGUUUCAGCUAUGAAAAUGUUCUAUUAGACGGUCAUAACAACCUAUCUGUUAUGUUGUGAAUUUGCUAAUUAUUUUGUACGGGUUGUUUUUUUGUUGUUGUUUUUUCUUUGUACACAAAUGCUUUGCUUGAGUUGAUAUUUUGCAUGGGUUGUGAAUCCAUAAUGAACAAGGCCAUUCUAGGCAGUGCCCGUCACUAAGGUGUGUAAAGCAUUACAUGAUUUCUCUUUUUCUUUUCUUCUCCUCCUUUUUUUAAAAUUUUUUUUAUAAAUGAGUGUAUCGACUUUAUGGAUUUAUUUCAUCUGUUUUUCUCAACGCAAGACAAGAGAAGCUGGAUUCUCAUCUGAGGCCGACACAGUGAAGUUUUCUGACUGCAGUAAAUAAAGGGGUUUACUGAAGCUUUAUGACGUUUUCAUGGCAUUGUCAUGGUUUUGGAGAUGCCAUAUUUUGAGCUAGUUUGUACUGGAUAAGGUGUCUCCUCCUCCCCCUUCCCCCUUCACUCUUGUCCAAUCCUCAACCAACCUCUUGGUGCAACUCUGACCCCAGCUCACCUCUGCCUUUUCUCAGAUUCUCGGUGAUAAAAGCAAAGACCAUAUGCAAACUGGCAACAACAGGUUAGCACUUGGACUACUGCAGAGAGAAAAACCAACGCUACCUCAGCUUAAUUUAUUUUAAUGCGAAAACUGUUUACUGGGUACAAAAACGCUAUUUUUUUUUCUUUUCUUUUUUCUCCCCCGAAAUACUGUUGCAACAUCUACAGUACCAUCCGAGGUACCAGAUCAGUGAAACCACAGCUGCCACAGUAAUCCAAGAGUUGUUUAUAUCUCUCCGAUUGUUCUGUAUGUUUGUAUUUGAGCCAGAUGAUGAUUGCAUACGUUUUAAGCAUAUUUCAUGGAUUGUAUAUUUAAUGCUUACGUUUCAGGUUCUUCUUAAUUUCUACAGUACCUAGUUCUGCUCCUCUUUCAUGUUAUCACCCCCACACUUUCUUAGAAGCUACGGAGAGCAUUUUCUGCCUAUUUUACACAACCAUCGCCUUCAUUAUUAUUUUUUUUUGCAGAUUUUCAUCUCAUGAUUCAGAUUAUUUAUUAUUAAACAUGUUUUACACCUAAUUUUCAGUCAAUUGUCUUUUUGUACGUUUUUGAAAUUUAACAAAUCGGGAAGCGUUGCACGUCCGUUUUAACAAUUUAGCUGAAUUGCGUAGCGUUUGUGUAGCAGUUUUAUUUUUAUUUUAUUUUUUUGGCGUGUACGGGGGAAUAAAGGGUUUACAGGUCUCUCAGGUUCAACACGCGACAACAUGCCCUUUCAACUUUUUCUAUUUAUUUCAAUGUUCUGGUGUUUUCUGUGUUAAAGCGGUUACAGUUUGUGGCAUACUGGAAGAGACUAACAUAAGGACAGAACUGAUAUUUAAAAAGUAGUGUCUAGUACAUCCCAGAAAGAGAAACAGGACCAGAUGUUGUUCACUUUGUCUCCACUUUCUGCCAAAAGAGUUAUUUUUUAUGAAUUUAGAAACGCAUAUGAAAAUAAAAUAUGGGUAGUUAAAUGUCAUACAUUGUGAUCUUCCUUUCUUAUUAUAAAUUGUAGCCAGUUUGGACUAACAACCAAUUUUUGUCUGGUAGUUGAGACUACUUAGUCCAGUAUGCAGAGGGAAAGGGUUUGUUCUAUCCUGAAUUACUUUGUUCGUCCCCAUUUCUUUCACACUUAAUUUAGUCAAGAGUUUCCAUAGCUUUGUCAAUUCUGUUUGUUUGUGUAUUUAACACACCUGUUCGCAAUGGUUACUUUAGUGUAAGUUAUAUUUGAAAUGAAACCUUUACUGUAUUUCUCAAACUGCUGUGAUAUACUUGAAUAAAAAAGGUGCAAACUGUA